UUAAAUAUUUCAAAAAUUCCACGAUUUCAUCCAAAAUAGUUGAUGUGAUAAAAGAAGAAUUAAAGAAAAUAACUGAAGACGAACAUGUAACGAGUUGGGCGGUAAGAUCUUCAGCGAUAGGAGAAGAUUCCGAAGAACUGUCAGCAGCUGGUCAAAAUGAAACUGUAUUGGGUUGUCAAACCGAAGAGCAAAUUAUAAAGGCUAUACUUGCUUGUUGGGCUUCUUUAUAUACCUACCAAAGUGUACAGUAUAGAUGGCAGCAUGGUUUACCUAUAAUGACAGAAAUGGCAGUUGUGGUACAAAAAAUGAUACCAGCAGAUUGUGCUGGUGUUUUGUUUACUUGUAAUCCAUCUACCUCAAAUCCGUCACAAAUGGUUAUAACAUCGAAUUUUGGACUUGGAGAGGUAAGAACUAUUGGUUGUUUCAAAAAUUUUGUCCUUUUCAAUGUCACGUAUUAUUGUAGCUCCAUAUCUCGAGCACCAAAUUUUUAUGCUGACUAAAUAAAUCAACUGGUGUUAUGUUGGCAAAAGUGCACUGAUUUAUAUUAAAUUGAAUAGGUAUUCACUG